AUGUAUUUGGAAAAUGAUAUAUUUGAUACUCGUGAUGAGCUUGAACAAUGGGCUAAGAAUGUUGGAAAGGCGAAUGGUUAUGUGCUGGUGAUUGCAAGGUCUGACUAUGCUAUAAGUGGAGGAAAGGUAUUUGUUACUAUUAAGUGUGCGAAGCAUGGUAUUUACAGGCCAUACAAGGACCCGAAUACAUUCAAGUACAAAAAGACCGCAUCACAAAAGACUGAUUGUAAGUUUAAUCUCAAAGGACGACCUACGAAGGGUGAUAGAAUGUGGUGGCUGAAAGUGAUGGAUGGUAAACACAACCAUGAACCAGCUAAAUCACUAGUUGGCCACCCCUACGUUGGUCGACUAACAGAGGAAGAGAAGGGGCUUGUGGGCACCAUGACUAGUACUUGGACUCCACCGAGACAAAUACUAGCGGCAUUGAAGGAAAACAAUCCAAGUAACUUGACUACAAUCACUCAAGUUUACAGUUGCAACAAAAGGUUUUAA